CCAAAUUUAUGUCGCGCAUUUCAAAUUUCAAAACAAACGAGUCGCGCUUGUCAACAGUGAGAAUGGAUGCGGUGGCUGAACGUCGAAUUGUCUCGUUCAAACCAAUGCAGAACGAAUACAUGUAGCGUGUUGAAGCAUUUGUGCUGAUAUGUGUUUGUUUUUUAACACAAUAAUCACCAUAAAUCGUUUCUGCGCUUCUCUGAGUGAAGAUCAUCCGACUGCACGAAAUGGAAGCUCGUGGGAUAUCAUCUGAAGGCUCAAACAGCGCAGUGAAAGCUCCCUCCAUCGAGGACUUCGUGCUGGUCAAACCCAUCAGUCGAGGAGCCUUUGGGAAGGUUUACCUCGCCAGAAAGAAAUGCAACUCCAAACUCUAUGCAGUCAAGGUGGUGAAAAAAGCAGACAUGGUGGAUAAGAACAUGACUGAUCAGAUGAGAGCUGAGAGAGAUGCGCUGGCUCUCAGUAAAAGCCCUUUUAUUGUGCACCUGUUUUACUCUUUACAGACUGCAACUAAAGUCUAUCUGGUGAUGGAGUAUCUGAUUGGUGGAGAUGUAAAAUCACUUCUUCAUAUUUAUGGGUACUUUGAUGAGGACAUGUCUCUGAAAUACAUCUCAGAGGUUGCGCUCGCUCUGGAUUACCUUCACAGACACAGCAUUAUUCACAGGGACUUAAAACCAGACAACAUGCUCGUCUCAAAUGAGGGUCACAUUAAACUCACGGACUUUGGGCUCUCCAAGGUUAAACUUGACAGGGAACUAAACCUGAUGGACAUUUUAACCACACCUUCUCUGGUGAAACCUAAGAAAGAUUAUUUCAGGACACCUGGUCAAGUUCUGUCACUGAUAAGCUCUCUUGGCCUCAAUACCCCAGUUUCAGAAGGCAAGCGUCACAGCAGCACAGUGUUGGGCAGCCCCAUGUCCUGCGGCAAUGUCAAGCAGAGGAAUAGUUCUCUGUGUUCACCUCUGCUGAAGAGACGGGCUGAUCAUCUCAAUUCACCAGUAUGCACAACUCGAGCUCUAGGAUCCAACAGUGUGUUUAGUCCUGGCCUGUUGGCUAGGAGUUUGACACCAAGGCUGAUGAAAUCAAGGAAGAGUGUUGGGAGUGCCCACUCAUGCCUGUUACCAUCCACCACUGACUCUGAAGACUGUGUCAGUCCGAUGUGGGAAGAUGAGCAGAAUUUUCAAGAUGGCGAGAACCUUCCACAGUUAAAUGGAAGAGAAGUAGGAAAAAGAAUGUCAAGAAACAUUCCCUUGACACCCGUGGAAAGGAGGAGGAUGUUUCCAGCACGAGCUCAAGAUCACAGCACUGUUUUGACUCCACUCAAUAACCAAGUGGACAAUAGCAGAAUUAUUAAACCAGAUAUUUCUGCAAAGAGGCUCCAAUUCAAUGCAUCUGACCGCUCUGCUACUCCACUGGGUAAGGCUGAUCCCCAUCAAUCAUUUGGGAACGGUCUUAUGAAACCGGAGCCGCCAACAGAGCCCAAAUCCUCAGUAAAGAGAGCUUUUGACGAAGUAGAGAAAAGCCCAGAUCAGGCUGAGGUCCAUUGCAAGAAAAACGACACCGUGUACAAGAGGUCUUUCCACAUUCCUGAGGACAACUCAAGGGCCCACACAGGCUUGACAGGAAUUUUCUCCACUGUGGGGCUUGAUGAUGUUAAAAGUGCACCAAUAUGUCAACAGAUGAGUGAGAGAAUGGGCCCAAAGCAAUCUAGUCCCAUAGCCGUGGCCAAAAAUCUCUUCUGUGAUCUCGAAGAUCAAGUUGAGGAGGUGACUUUGCCUAAAACAGAGGCCAACUCGAGCUCCCUGACCUCACCCGGUGAUGACCGAAAUAUCAGAAGAAGCCUUAGCUUAGAUUCGGACGGCUCAGUCCAUGAGAUGUCAGUGGUUAAACAAGAGGCUUUGUCAUCCUCUUUUGAGGAGCUGGAUGAAAACGAGAUUUCUGUAGUCACACCGGCGGCCCGGCCCACCUUGGCUACACCAAAGCACAGCAGUGCAAAGCAGCAACGGGUUAAAUCUGAGCGUUCUCUUCUUGACCAUCCUCGUGGGUUGUCUGACAGUAUGGUCAAAUCACCUGGCUUUCUCAAACCCAAGAACGUGGUUGCAUUUAGGAGCUACUGCAGCUCCAUAAACCGCUCUUGUACUUCACAUCUCAGCCUGGCCUCUUUGGAUGGCAUGGAGUUGUCUGCGUCAGCUUCCUUCCACAAUGACCAGUCUGCAGUGACUCCAGUUCAGAAGAAAAGGCCCAGUCUGAGCAGCUCACUUUACCAGACUCCACAGCAGAUGGUUGUGUCUCACACUCCCUAUAGGACACCAAAAAGUGUUCGUAGAGGUCCAGAACGUGUGGAAGGGGCUCUUAUCCUGGGAACUCCUGAUUACUUGGCACCGGAACUUUUAUUAGGCAAAGCUCAUGAUUUCAUGGUGGACUGGUGGGCGUUAGGUGUCUGUCUGUUCGAGUUCCUCACAGGAGUCCCGCCGUUUAAUGAUGAGACCCCUCAGCUGGUGUUCCAGAACAUUCUCAACAGAGAUGUACCAUGGCCAGAUGGAGAAGAGGAGUUAACCCAGAACGCAAGAAAUGCCAUAGAGAUUCUUCUCACUAUGGAUUCAACCAAGCGUGCUGGCUUAAAAGAGCUGAAGGAUCAUCCGUUCUUUGAAGGUGUGGACUGGGAAAACCUUCACCAUCAGUCUAUGCCCUUCAUCCCUCAGCCUGAUGAUGAGACUGACACCUCCUACUUUGAGGCGAGAAACACGGCCCAGCAUCUCACUGUAUCAGGCUUCAGUCUGUAACACACACACACACACUGUAGCACAGUGGACUGAGUAUGUUCAGGUACAAGCUCUAAUGAAUGCAGGUCCCACAGUGCUCUUGUUUGUCCUUCUGUCUUCAUUCAUGUUGGAAAGUGUCCUGAAAUGCAGUGAGGUGGUGUUUUUUAACACUUAUGCACAUACAUGCUGCAAGACUUGUUGUAUAAAAUCUUCCGUCAUGUUUGUUUGGAAAAAGUAAUAUAUUAUGUAACACUAAUGUACUGCACAUUUAGAUCGAAGACAUUGCUAUUUUUACUCAUGUAUUCUUGAAAACUAUGCUUGUCGGACUGUUAUUUUAACAAGCUAAAUGUUUUAUCUAGUCUACAGCAAGUAUGAUUCUGAACAUGGUUGCUGCUUAAAAAAAAAAUUAUCUUUUUGUCAAUUUAUAAUCAUUUGAUACAUAGACAACACUUUGAAAAUGUGGUUUAGAAGACUUGCCUAUGUUUUAGAUGAUUCUAGAAAUGUUUGUUAAAUAAAAUAAAAUUGUAUUAAUAAUCAAGCAUUAUUUCUGAAUUAAUUCACUUUGAAUAUUAAAACGUGCUGUUUUUUUACCAUGUAAGCAUAAAUACAUUUCACUACCUGAGGGGUAGUGCUUACUUUCUAACAUGUGUAAAAAGUAAUCAGAAUACAAUAUCUAAUAUGUGCAAUCCAAUACAUUACUGUACAAUUUUUGUCAUGUAAUUUAUAAUCAGUAAUGAACUACAAUGUGUAAGUAAUUUACCCAGCACUGAUUAUAUUACAUUUAAUGAUGUAAGUGUUAUCGUAGCAUUAAUAUGGUGCAAUAUGGGAAUACAAACCACUCAGAUUUUCAUAAGCUUUUAAUAAUGCUUUAGUCUAACGUAUUGAAUGACAUGUAUUGUGACAGUGGAGAAACAUGCGUUGAUCAUCUGCACAAUUUAUGCAAAAUUUGAAAUGUUUAAUAGGAACAUAGUGUGUUUAGUCUGAACAAAAGCAUUAAAUCAAGAACCUCCUGCUCUACAGACGAUAACAGACAUGAAUUAUAUAUGCAAAUGCUACAUUACAGUAUAGUACAAUUAAAAAACAACUUUUUCCAAGUAUAUAUUUUUGCACAUAUCUAAUAUACAAUUAUUAAAGGAAUUAUUAACAUUAUUGACUAAUUUACACAAACUACAAUGAAACAAAACACUUGCAUUUUUCAGUAACAAAAAAAUUAAAUAAAAAACUACCUCUGUAAAUGAUUCAUUAAAAUUCAGCCUUAUAUUAGUCAGAGGGUUAUAAACAUUACACAUUAUUUCAGCUCUUAAUUUCUCACUGUCUUCACAUUCAUCAAAAGUGCUUUGCAAUUUAACCCGGGUAGUUUUCGAUCUCAAAUACAUCCUGCAAACAUUGAGAAAGAUUUUAAACUUCUCAUGCAUACAGUCCUUGCAGUAAUAAUUCACCAUAGCCAUGAAUUAACAUAAGUAACAAUGCAACCGUGUUGAGAAAUGAAUUUACAAAAUACAGUGGACCCAAAAA